AAUGCAGACACUUGUUUCCCAUCUUGCAAGAUGGUGGGUGAAAAAGUUGAGAAGCCAGAUGCUAAAGAGAAGAAACCCAAAGCCAAGAAGGCUGAUGUUGGUGGCAAGGUGAAAAAGGGUAACCUCAAGGCUAAAAAGCCCAAGAAGGGAAAGCCCCAUUGCAGCCGCAACCCUGUCCUUGUCAGAGGAAUUGGCAGGUAUUGCCGUUCUGCCAUGUAUUCCAGAAAGGCCAUGUACAAGAGGAAGUACUCAGCCGCUAAAUCUAAGGUUGAAAAGAAAAAGAAGGAGAAGGUUCUUGCAACUGUUACAAAACCAGUUGGUUGUGACAAGAAUGGCUGUGCCCGGGUGGUUAAACUUCGCAAAAUGCCUAGAUAUUUUCCUACUGAAGAUGUGCCUCGAAAGCUGUUGAGCCAUGGCAAAAAAUCCUUCAGUCAGCACGUGAGAAAACUGCGAGCCAGCAUCACUCCCGGGACCAUUCUCAUCAUCCUCGCUGGAUGCCAUAGGGGCAAGAAGGUGGUUUUCCUGAAGCAGCUGGCUAGUGGUUUGUUACUUGUGACUGGACCUCUGGUCCUCAAUCGAAUUCCUCUACGAAGAACAUACCAGAAAUUUGUCAUUGCCACCUCAACCAAAAUUGAUAUCGGCAAUGUAAAAAUCCCCAAACAUCUUAUUGAUACUUACUUCAAGAAGAAGAAGCUGUGGCAGCCCAGACACCUGCUGUUGUUGGUGGAUAGGAAUGCUAGUGCUUUCUGCUAG